CGGGAGCACGGAGCGCACACGUCGCUUUCUCCACUACAUCGCACCACUGCGGUAGGAUCAGGGAUUCAUCAGCAGAGGAGCAGACAGCAGGUACACUACACAGCUCACUUGCCCCCGCUCCGCGCAAUCACAGAGGCGACUUCAUCACUUAGGAGGUACUUUCCCUGAAAGGACAUACUACAGCAGCACCUCCCGGGUUUGUUCCUGCAGCCCGGAGAGAGCGGGGGAACGAGAAGUUUUGAUCGUGUGAUUUGUGUGUGUUUUAACCGCAUCCCUGUAACCUUGGAAGACACACCUGAUUGCUGAGGAUGGGACCGCUACUCCCUUUCAUCGUGUUGUGUUUGAGCGCCGCUGUCCCACACCGUGUGAAAGCGACAGAUGGUGAAGAACCAACUUCCCCAGGCCCCUGUCAUCCAAACCCCUGUCACAACAGAGCAACAUGUGAAAUCAGUGAGACUUACAGAGGCGAUACCUUCAUUGGUUACAUUUGCAAGUGUCCAAAAGGCUUUAGCGGAGUUCACUGUCAGCACAAUAUCAAUGAAUGUGAAAGGGAUCCUUGUAAGAACGGGGGAAUUUGCACCGAUCAGGUUGCUAACUAUUCCUGUGAAUGCCCAGGCGAGUACAUGGGAAGGAACUGCCAGUACAAAUGCUCUGGACCGCUGGGCAUGGAGGGAGGUAUAAUCUCCAACCAACAGAUAACAGCCUCCUCCACCCACCGUGCUCUCUUUGGCUUGCAGAAGUGGUACCCAUACUUUGCACGCCUCAACAAGAAGGGCCUGGUCAAUGCCUGGACGGCUGCCGAGAAUGACAGAUGGCCAUGGAUCCAGAUAAAUCUCCAGAGGAAAAUGAGGGUCACAGGCCUGAUUACCCAAGGUGCCAAACGUAUCGGCAGCCCAGAGUAUGUCAAGUCAUACAAAGUAGCAUACAGCGAUGAUGGGAAGACCUGGAGAACAUACAAAGUCAAGGGCAAAGAUGAGGAUAUGAUUUUCAGAGGAAAUAUUGAUAACAAUGCUCCAUCAGCCAACUCUUUCACACCUCCCAUUGAAGCCCAAUAUGUGCGUGUCUACCCUCAAGUUUGCAGAAGGCACUGCACCUUACGCAUGGAGCUGCUUGGCUGUGAGCUGACAGGCUGUUCUGAACCGCUGGGGAUGAAAUCAGGACAUGUCCAGGAUUAUCAGGUCACAGCUUCCAGCAUUUUCCGAACACUCAACAUGGACAUGUUCACUUGGGAACCUGGAAAAGCUCGUUUGGACAAACAGGGCAAGGUCAAUGCCUGGACAGCUGGACACAGUGACCAGUCACAAUGGCUACAGGUGGACCUACUUGUGCCAACAAAGGUUACAGGGAUCAUCACACAGGGAGCUAAAGACUUUGGCCACGUCCAGUUUGUCGGUUCAUACAAACUCGCUUACAGUAACGAUGGAGAGCGGUGGAGUGUAUAUCAAGAUCAGAAACAGGGAAGAGACAAGGUAUUCCAGGGGAACUUUGACAACGACACACACAGAAAAAAUGUGAUAGAUCCCCCAAUCUAUGCCCAGUUCGUCCGGAUCCUUCCCUGGUCGUGGUACGGCAGGAUCACUUUGCGUGUAGAAAUACUGGGAUGCACAGAGCAAGAGUGAUGUCUCCUCCCUCUCCAUGUUUCUGUCCAUCACCCCCCUCUCCUUUGGAAUACUGGAGUAUAUCGUGCAGUUCUUCAGAAAUAAACUGUUCAACCUGAAAAAGCAAUUUAUUUAUUUUUUAUUUUUAUGUAAUAAGCAUUAAAUACGUUUUGGUGGGGUUUUGUUAGUUCUUUUGUACAAUGAUUUUAAACCUGUCCCCUUGUUUCACUUUUGUCUUUCAGUUUCCUAUUUAAUAUUUUUCUUUUUAUUCCUCUCAAGAAUUGCUAUCCUGUUUGGAAUGAACUUCUGCAACAAAUAUGGAUUGGGGUUAGGAGUCAGAAAGGGGGUCUCUUUGUGGUUUUACUGUGGAAGCUAUUGUACAGUGGUACAGUGUCACUUUUUAACAAAGAUGUUAAAUCUGUCUGUUGUGCUUCAUGGGACAUUAUUAAACAACUUUGUAUCAUGACUAAACUGUCUAAGGUACCAUGUAGAAAUAAAAUAUAAUGAAACAUAUUUUUAAUUUCAUAACUGAACACCCCCAAGCCAUGAUUUCCCUCAAAGGAAUGCAUCAAUCACAGUACUAUUAAUGCUCUUGUAUUAUAUGUAAAACAUUAACAAACUGCAUGGUGCGUGAAUUAUAAAUGUAUAUUACGACAAAUCAUGAAAAACCUCCAGUCCUAAGAGCAAAUAGCUUUGAAUAGGGACCUAUUUUUAUGUGCAUUUUUAAAUAGUUCUGACACAUUACUUUACUCUUCUACAGAUGAGUGCUUUGUGAGACAAUAAACAAACACUGCAGUUAAAACGUUUUACUGCAACACUGACACUGAAGCUUACAGACUUUAUUUAUUUAUCUGACAUGUUGCUCCCUAUUUGUGAUUGUAGCCGGUCUUUUUCUAAAAUGUUAUUCUUUGUGCUAAUUUCUUUUUUUCUACUUGAUUGUCAAAUUUAUGAAAUAUGUUCCAAUGUCCUUGUGUUGUCUUGGAGAUCUACAAUGAAUUGAUUCAAAAGCUCAGGAUAGAUAUCAUUCACAAUACUCCCACAUGUAUUCUUUUGUGUAUAAUGUUUGGCCACCUAAGCUUAUUAUAAACUUACCGUCCACAGAAAACCGCAGAUGAGUGAAAGGAAUUACUGAAAUCAUCAGCAUAAUGUAUAUACUUCAAAUAACAAGUGUUUUUUUAUGUCUUCUAAUUAAAAAGUAUUAAUUUGCUUGUUUUCAGAAGAAAACUAAUGUAGACCAUGUUAAGUGUGUCAUAUGCUCCAACAUUGACAAUGAUCUGUGUCAACUAUAGAGAACUAGUGUUUAUUGCAGGGUACCUAAGUAUUACGGUUUUGUGUUGAAAACUGUACCUUUAUGUAAAGUGAGGCUCGCAGAAUAUUAAACUACAUAGAAUAAUUAUAUAGGAGUUACUGACAUGUUGUAACACCAGUCAUGUCAAAAUCUUAUAUCUCUUUCACAAUAUUUUGUAUCUGCCUAGCAUUCAAUCAGAGACACACUGCUUUCAGUCAAUGACAUUACAUACUCACCUUUUCACAAAUCUGGUACUGUUGCAUCGACAGUGUGAUCUCCAGCUAAGAAAGGCUGCCUUGGCUUUUACAGCAAGUAAUGCACCAUACAUUCUACACAUAGGUUGUAAAUCGCAGCAGUGAAACAGUAUUAUUAUUUAAUUUCAAGCUGUGCUAUGCAGACAUUUAGUCUGCACUAAUGAAGAUUCGCCCACCUGAGCAGACUGAGCGAUUGUAGAGCUCCAACAGCAGAGGGUGAGACAGGUUUUGUUUAUUAAUUAGCCUAACAGUUUUCUGACCAAUUGAGGGUACUUAUAGAUUAUAUAGAACAUUGACAUAUCUUUACAAAAUGGGUAUGCAAUGUUGAAGAAUAUAAAAAACAAUAAGGUGAGAUCAUGGCAAAAUGUAAUUACUCCUCCGUGAAGCUGUAUGACACCAUAAAUUUUACUCCCUUCAUUGUAAUACAGACAUUAUACACAAUGGGCCUUCAUAAUAUGCAUCAUACUUCACAGAUUGGGAAGACCUUGAUGUUGUAGAAAAUUAUAAUUUCUUCACUUUUGACCGGCAUAAAAAUGCAUUUUUUCAUAUGUGGCAGCACAUGUGUCAAGAUAAGAUACAGUGUGAUAGCUUCUUUACAUUUAUCCAGUUUUCUCUGCAUACAUCUGGCUUUCUGUUUGGGUAAGGACAAUUAUUCUACAGUCUAAAUUUUGCAGGCUAUUCUGUGGUUAAAAGUCAGCCUGUUAACUUUCUUUAUGGCUGUUCCAAAACUCUGAGGGCUGAGUCAAGAAUAGUUCCACAUCCGUUUUAUAUUUAGUGCUUUAUUUAAGGCUCACCAACUGUCAGUCCAUGAUCAGACACAUUUUUAAAUAUUUUCAGUAUGAUUGUUUAUGUAGCAGACAAACAUGAAACAUGAUUCAUCAUGUUUUUCUUAAAAACUCUGAUGACCACAGUUGUUUACAUUUGUUCAUCCGCAUUACCUGCAAGUAAAAAUUGGCUUCAAAAAUGUCCCUACGUUAAUCUGUUCUAAAAUAAUCAAGAGCACAAGAGGAAAAUAUGUUGUUUUGUAUCAGUGCAUUUUUUUACAAGUAAAUAAAAUCUACAAUUGAUGUUUUAAAUAGAAGAGGAAAUGAUCCUAGCAUACACAUUAUAUAAGACACUCGUGUAUGUCAUAACCUAGUACUCUGUAAUGGCGCUGAUAUGAGAGGAAUGUCUUUAAACAAUUCACUUGUGUAAGUUACACUGAACGCCUUUGCUGUAGAUUAUCAUUGUGUGAAAACUGUUCUUGGUAUAAAUAAGUGACUGCCACUCUGUAGGUUUGUGGGUGUGGGCACAGAAUAAAUACAUUUAUUGUAUCUCACAAAUGUUUCAUCUACUUAGAUUGUGUCCCUUAAAUGCUUUAUUGCCAAAUAACUCUAUUGUGGCCAAGAUCUGUACUGACUGAUCUUUGUAACUGGCUUUCCUUUGAGCAUGUAGGACAGAGCAGGUCUGGUACAAAGUUUUCAGAACGUUUGCAUGAUGUACAAAUAAAAACAGUACAGUAUAACAAACAUGUACACAAAGCACAUUCUCUUUCUUCCUUUAUAUAUAUAUAUAUAUAUAUAUAUAUAUAUAUAUAUAUAUAUAUAUAUAUAUGCAUAUGCAUUGUAAUUCUAUUUACUUUAAACCUACUGUCAGUUUGUCUUGCACAUUGUAAAACUUAAUUUAACAUGUCCAAAAUGGAGGCAAAGUGAAAAGCCACGCUGUCUUUGUAUUUCUGUGUCAUCUGUUCACAAAUUGUUUCUUACCUCCUCCGUCUCCAUCUAGAAAAGGCAACAGUUUGAACACUGCUUAGGUUUAAACCUGCAUAGAUGGGGGAGAGACUCUGUACAGUAAAAAAAUUUGGCUUCAAACAAAUGCUCUUUCAGUUUGACAAAUAAAAACAUAAGUGUGAAAAUA